AAGUCCAAUAAUUUCGCAGAGUUGAUCGGACCUGUCCCAAUAAAUCCUCUUCCACACACUUCUUCUUCACCUUCCCGCUUCUCUCUGUAAUACAACCAAAGAUUGCAGAAGAAGAGAAGAACAAUACGCAAGUAAAAAAACACCAAAAAGAAGCUCUUUUUAAUUGAGAAAAGUGAAGAUUUUGCAUCAAUGGGGAGUGAUCAGGGACCAGAGGAGUGCUACAAGGAAGCUUUAUUGGAGGGGAAAGGGUACUAUGAGAACUGCCCAGGGUGUAAGAUGGAGCAGCAGAAGCAGUUGCAGAGAGGGGUUCCCAUCAAAUUGCUCAUCACCAUUUGGUCUAUUGUCCUCUGCACUUCACUCCCAAUAUCAUCUCUCUUUCCCUUCCUUUAUUUCAUGAUAAGAGACUUCAAGAUUGCAGAGAGAGAAGAAGACAUUGGUUAUUAUGCAGGUUAUGUAGGGUCGGCAUUUAUGAUUGGAAGGGCAGUGACAUCUUUGUUUUGGGGGCUGAUUGCUGAUCGAUAUGGCCGAAAACCAGUUAUUCUAUUUGGCACAAUCUCAGUGGUGAUUUUCAAUACUCUGUUUGGUUUUAGCGUAAACUUCUGGAUGGCAAUCAUUACUAGAUUUCUUCUUGGAAGUUUAAAUGGUUUGCUUGGACCAAUAAAAGCAUAUUCUGCAGAAGCUUUUCCGGAACGGUACCAAUCUUUAGGACUUUCAGCGGUCAGCACAUCUUGGGGUAUAGGAUUAAUCAUUGGUCCAGCUCUAGGAGGUUUUCUUGCACAGCCUGCUGAGAAGUAUCCUUCAUUGUUCUCACCACACUCUCUAUUCGGAAGAUUUCCCUACCUCUUGCCUUGUCUGUGCAUUUCGUUUUUUGCACUAAUUGUGACAAUUUUUACAUUUUGGUUGCCGGAAACAAUGCACAAACAUGAUGACACUGGUGAUUCAUAUAUGGCCUUAGAGGCUGCAUCUCAAGUAGCUAAGAUUGAAGAAAAACCGACCCCGAAAAGAAACAUUCUCAGAAACUGGCCUCUAAUGUCAUCAAUCAUAGUAUACUGUGUUUUCUCUCUUCAUGAUAUGGCUUAUACAGAGAUAUUCUCUUUAUGGGCUGAGAGUCCUCGAAGACUUGGAGGAUUAAAUUAUUCUUCAAAUGAUGUUGGAUUUGUUCUCUCAUUCUCUGGUUUCGGUCUUCUAUUCACUCAACUAUUUGUGUAUCCAAUUGUUGAGAGAAAGCUUGGCCCUACAUUGACAUCAAGAAUUGGAGGAAUUUUGUCAAUACCACUGCUAACAAGCUAUCCAUACGUUGCAAUGUUAUCUGGUAUAACCCUCUCCCUGGUGAUAAACUGUGUGUCUCUCAUGAAGAAUGUUCUGUCCACCGCAAUUGUGACCGGACUUUUCAUAUUGCAGAAUAAUGCAGUGGAUCAAGAUCAAAGAGGAACAGCAAAUGGCAUUGCCAUGACCACAAUGUCAAUCUUCAAAGCUUUAGGUCCUUCAAUGGGAGGGACACUAUUUUCUUGGUCUGAGAAGCGUCAAGAAGCCUCCUUCCUUCCAGGCAAUCAAAUGACUUUCUUUGCUCUUAAUGUGAUCGAGGCUAUUGGAGUAUUGCUCAUGUUUAAACCAUUUCUUGUUACACCUACUGCAAGCAAUUGAUUGGCAAAAAAGGAUGCAUCUCUCUGCAAACUUUACAAUCCAAGGCACAUUCGAUUUCAUGGUGUAUUUGUUCGUCAAGAAUUCGUGUCUACCUUUUUGUUAUCUCAUUUGAAAUGAAGGAUCAUAUUAUUUUUCCCGCAUCGUCGCAUCAUUGGCUAUGCCAAACGUUAAAUAAAAAUAGAAAAAUAGGAAAUUAUAAUUCUUGAAAUCUUCUUUAUUUGAAAGGGAUGGUCGGGAAUCGAUGAAACGGUCUUUGAAUAUCCCAAUUAGUGUAUACAGUCAAACAAUGUUCAAUUGGUUAUUGUCGCUUGUAACACUCAAUUUUCAUAUGUAUUGAUCCAAAAGAAUUUUGUGUUUGUCUACAAUAGAGGACCCAAAGGAGUACCUAAGGGAGUAAGGGGUACGAGGGCAAGCGUCAUUGCUUUCAUAGUAUGAAUACUUAAGUUAUAAAAUAGUGCCUCUUCUA